AUGUUGCGAGUCGGGUCCUGGUUGUACGGCAAGAAGCCGGGCCAGUUUGUGGACUCGGGGGUUGAGUUGAAAGACUUGCAUGAUGCGCUGACAGCGGCAACGCUGAUUCUCAAUGAUGAUGUUGAUGGCGCGGAGGCUGGUCUGUCCGGGGGAACUUCGUCUUUUCACAAUUUGGGCAAAGGCGUGGUCGCAUUCGUCCGGGCGACAUUAGGCUUCGAGCAGGAGAUUAUGCGACAAGCAUCCGAGCGCCUGUAUGAAGCAGAAACCAGUGCGGCCAACGACCAAAGCCGGUCCCAGCAAAACGCCCAAGCACCCAAUGCCUUUCACUCCGAUAUUUAUGCUCCCGGUACCGAAUACGCAUUGUGCCAAGCAAUCGCCCAAUUGAUGAGCGCGGUUGUUGGGGUACUGAAUGAAAGCUUGACAGAAAGCAUCAAGGCAUUCUAUCGGCUGAGAAAGGCGUAUAUCGCACUAGACGCUAUCAUGAAGAUGGAAGAGAAGUUUAUGGAACAGAGGGAUAUACACAAAGUUCUCCUGCCUACUGCGAGCGAUCUCACACGCUUGAGCGUUGCAUGCUCAGACACGAAGUCGGAAUCGGCCAGUCUUUCCUCGAAAAAAGGCGCAAAAGACCAAAUCGACCUCAAUUCGUCAAUGAAUGGAUUGGCAAUCUCCCCGGGAGCGACAUCUCCAGGUGCCUCAACGGGCACUUCCACACCUGCAAGGCAUAUCCACCACGACCCCGACUCGGACAUCUUCAAAAACGAAAUCGAUGUUUUUGUGCACUCUGGCGCCAACUUCUGCUUUGGUAUUCUGCUUCUGCUGAUCUCUAUGGUUCCACCAGCAUUCAGCAAGCUUCUUUCCAUCAUUGGCUUCCACGGUGACAAGCAACGAGGACUGAGAAUGCUCUGGCAAGCCAGCAAGUUCCACAACCUUAUUGGUGCCAUGGCUGCUUUGGCACUGCUAGGAUAUUACAAUGGCUUUGUUCGGUACUGUGAUAUUAUGCCCGACCCAACUCCCGGCGAGACCGACGUCGAGGGAUACCCGCAGGAGAGGCUGGCUGCGUUGCUGGUGGAAAUGCGGUCUCGGUUCCCUAACAGUCGACUCUGGAUGCUUGAAGAAUCGCGGAUGUUGGGCGCUAAUAAGAACCUGGACAGCGCCCUGGCAAUGUUGUCCACGGAUAACAAGAGCCCGCUCAAGCAGGUCGAGGGAUUGUGCGUGUUCGAAAAGAGCUUGAACGCACUGUUCCUGCACAGAUAUGAUGUCUGCUCUGAAGCAUUCCUAGAAUGCGUGGAACUUAACUCAUGGUCUCGUUCGCUGUAUUACUACAUCGCUGGAUCAUGCCAUGUUGCCCUGUACCGACAAUCACUCCACGAUCCAAAGCUUGCAGAGGAACAUGCCAAAAAGGCCACCGUGUACAUGCGGAAGGCACCCGAAUUCGCCGGGAAAAAGCGAUUCAUGGCCCGACAACUGCCAUUUGACAUCUUUGUGACUCGCAGGCUUGCCAAAUUGGAGGCGCGCGCCAAAGAAUGGAACGUUCCAUUUGUGGAUGCGAUUGGGGUCGAUCCCAUUGAAGAAAUGAUCUUCUUCUGGAACGGACACAGUCGCAUGACCGACAAGCAGCUGGAAGAGUCCCUGGCCCGGCUGGAAUGGUGCGAAAGCGAAAAGAACAAAACAUGGUCUCGCGAAGGGACCGAAGAGAAGGCGAUCCUGGAGCUUCUCCGGGCUGCUGUUUUGCGAUCCCUGUGCAGGCACGAUGAGGCGAAAAAGAUCCUGCAGACCCGCGUCCUGUGCCACGACAAAGCUCUGUUCAAGGCUCACCUGAAGGAUGACUGGGUCCACCCAGUCGCCAAUUUCGAGAUGGCCGCCAACUUCUGGAUGGAGCGUCCCACAUAUCAAACUCUGCAUGGGAUUACUCUUUCCCCCAAGGCGUUGGACGAAGCCGAAGCGUCCGUGGCAUCUGGGGUGCCGAGCACAGUGGCCGAGAGAAAACAGGUAGCUGAGUGCAAGAAAUACCUUGAUUAUGCUGCCCGCUGGGAGACUUACGAGCUCGACGCUCGUAUUGGACUCAAGGUUACUGCGGCACUCGAAGCAGUCCACAAAUGGGAGAGCAUGCAUCCGACAGUCUAA